AUGGUCUGCACUCGCGUCUGUCCCGUACUGUUCUUGUCCCUCCUCGUGCAGUACGUACAUGGUGUACAGGUUCAGCUCUCCGGAACUGUCGUCGUUGGCAGCAAUUUCGCGUCUCAAGAGUUCUUUGGAGGGAUUCCCUUUGCCGAGUCUCCUAUAGGUCACCUUCGCUUUGCACUACCUGUCCCCAAGUUCGACUUGGGAAACCUCUCGACGUUUAAUGCAACCACUUCCGGACUCCCCUGUAUUCAACCUUGGACACAGUCGCGCAUAUCAGAGGAUUGCCUCACCCUCAACGUCUUCCGGCCUGCAGGCCUGACUCAGAAUUCCUCCUUACCCGUCAUGCUAUGGAUAUAUGGCGGAGGGUUCAUGAGUGGGUCAUCAUCUGCGUCGAACGGGUCUGCGCUAGUUGACCGCUCGAUCCAUCGUGGGACGCCUGUCAUCUAUGUCACGUUCAACUACCGCCUAGGUCCGCUAGGUUUCCCCCAAGGCCCUGAAGCAGCUGUCCGUGGCGCUCUCAAUCUCGGACUACACGAUCAAUGGACCGCGUUCGAAUGGGUACAAGCGAACAUUCACGCGUUUGGCGGCGAUCCUGAGAAGGUCACGAUCUUUGGUCAGAGCGCUGGCUCCAUUUCGCUUGCUCUACAUUAUCUGAACGAGAACUUCACAAACGUCGCCAGAGCCGCUAUAUUUGAAUCUGGCUCCGCAUCAACUCUCCCCCUGUUCGGGCCUUCACACCUCCUCCCUUCCUGGCUUGCAUUCGCUAGAGGCACACCCUCCUGCACUUCCUCUCUGUUGUUCACCGAGAACGAGAACGAUAGAGAGACGUUUUCUUGCUUGCUCGCUGCGACGUCUGAUGAAAUUCUUAUCGGCGAAGAAGCCGCACUAGCUUAUGGCCAGCAACAGUUCCCGUUUAUACCCGUCAUAGACGGCUCGGAGGGCCUUGUUCCCGAUCUGCCUAGUCUGCGACUGAGAUCGGGUGCUGGGAACAGAGUGCCGUUCAUCGCUGGAACAGUUCUAGAUGAAGGCACGUCUUUCGUCCCCACAUCGAUAUCUUCGCCGAAAGAGACCCACGACGCGAUAGUCAAGCUAUACACUCCCUCCCCUUCGUGCAAUGGAAAUCUGACUCUCGACAUCGCAGCGGGAGCCCUGGUCGCCUUGUACGAUUCACCGGACAUGCGCUCGCCAUUUGGCACAGGCAACGCGACUUUCGGGCUCAAUGCAGAAUAUAAGCGCGCGGCAGCCAUCGGUAAGCCCAUGCUGGAUGCCUCGCCAGCUUACGCGCUGUCUUGUUUCUGCCCGCCGCGGAUGCCAGUCGGUGACUUGUGGUUCCAAGCCCAGCGCCGCUUCUGGACGCAGACCGCAUCCGCAAACGGGACGAGGGUUUACGGAUACCUGUUCACCGAACCUCAACCUCACAAUCAGCCGUACCUUGGAGUGCCACACGCCUCCGAGCUGGGUUACAUUUACGGGGUGAUUUCUGCGAGCGGCGACGUUGAGGAGGUCCCUAUAAUUGGUGGUGCCCUGCCGCCUCUCAGCUUGGCGAUGAUGGAUUAUUGGCUCUCGUUCGUGGACUCCUUGGAUCCGAACGACGGGCUGGGGAGCCUGCGCCCGAACUGGGAGGCAUAUGGGGAUGAUCAGCGGAUAAUGCAGUUCCAGACAGGGAACACGACGCUUAUUAGGGAUGAUUAUCGACGCAUGGCGAUCGACGACUUUAUCAACGAAAAUAGCAGGCUUUUCCAACAGUGA